ACAGUUGUGAGCAAAUUACAAUGGAAAACCUUUAAAUGUCCAAAAUCAGAAUCAUGUCCAACCAAGUGUUCUUGUUGGAAAAUACCAAACAAGGAAGUAUUUUUAAUCGAUUGCUCCUACAAAAAUUUAACGGCAGUACCAACGAAUAUGAAUGGUAUUCCUUAUUAUCGUAGCGAAAUAAAUCAAUCUAUUGGAAUUCCGCUUUUAACGAAAUUACGUCUUGCGAACAACAACAUCAGCGAUGUAUCUGUGAAGGAAUUGCCAUUGAAUGUGGAGGUUUUGGAACUGCAUAAUAACAGCAUUAAAAGAUUGAAAUCAGAAGUUAUACAAUAUUUAAGGAACUCCACGACGCUAAAGACGCUUACACUACAUGGUAACCCAUGGACAUGUGAUUGCGACUCAAGGGAUUUCGUAGACUUUAUCCAGUCACAAACUUCUAAGCGAAUUUUGAAUUUAUCAAUGAUCGAAUGUACAGAUAUCAAAAUUCCUAUACUAAAAAUAAGAAUGGAAGAUGUUUGUCCAAACAACGUUAUGAUAUUGAUAGUAGGUGUAAGUUUCGCUGUUAUUAUUACUGCAUUAAUCAUUAGUACUGCAAUAGCACUAUAUUAUCGAUACCAACGAGAGAUCAAGGUAUGGUUGUAUGCUCACGAGUUCUGCUUAUGGCUGGUAACAGAAAAUGAAUUAGAUAAGAAUAAGUUGUACGAUGCGUUUAUCAGUUAUUCACAUCAUGAUGAAGAUUUUGUUGUAAAUGAGCUUAUUAAAAAGUUGGAAGACGGCCCUAGACCUUUCAAACUGUGUGUGCACUUUCGUGAGUGGCUGGCUGGGGAAUACAUACCAACCCAAAUUGCUCGUUCUGUCGAAAAUUCAAGACGGACGAUAGUAGUAUUGUCAACUAAUUUUAUAAAUAGCGUUUGGGGACGGAUGGAAUUCAAAGCAGCACACUGUCAAGCUCUCAGUGAAGGUAGAACAAGAGUGAUUUUAAUUCUGUAUGGUGAAAUCAACGUUACUGAUAACUUCGACCCAGAUCUUAAGGCGUACUUAAACAUGCACACAUACAUAAAGUGGGGAGACCCGUCAUUCUGGGAUAAACUACGAUACGCUCUACCACAUCAUCCAGAAUUAAAAAGUAAUUAUAGCUAUGGGGAAACUGUUUCGGACACAUUUGCUUUAGAUGUAAUUAGGCAGCAGUAAGAAACUAAGGGGGAAAAUAAAAGAAGGUUCCGAAAUUAUAUAAUCAUAUGUAACUGAUUGGUAACUUUUUUGUACGAACGAUUUUGUUUGAAAACAUUACGUUUCGAAAUAAAGUUACAAGAACAUAAAAAGCAGUUGAUUAUUAGAAAU